UAGUACUAGACAUCUCCAUAGCUACAACUCUGUAUGCAUUUUUUUUUUGUUUGUUUGAAUGGGAAUUUACAUCUGUUUUUUUUCCAAAUUAAACUUGCUCAACUAAUCUCAUUCAAUGCUUGAAUUUAAAGAUCAGCUCCUUUCUCUGCAAAAAUUAGUUGGGGAGGUUUUCAUCUCCCCACCUCCCACCAUCCCCCAUUGUAUUCUCUAUAGUGGUUUCACUUGUUGUCCUUUUCCUAUGCAUUUAUUGUGUUAAUUUUGCCAGAGAAAAAUUAGAUGGUGAAAUUCAAGAAACAGUCUGGCACUUGCUCAAUUCUACUUCAACUACUAUUAUUAAUUUCCUCCCUAUAAAUUCUCCUUCAAUUAUAUAUCUUUUUCUACUACUCCCACUGGACUAUUAUACACUAUACAAAAAUAAUAUGGACAUUGCUAUAGCUUUGUUCUUGUUUACUCUCAUAACAUGUUAUCUUCUAUGGUUCACUUUUAUCUCAAGAUCACUAAAGGGUCCACGUGUCUGGCCCUUAUUGGGCAGUUUACCGGGUUUGAUCGAGAACUCCGAACGUAUGCAUGACUGGAUUGUGGACAACCUCCGUGCGUGUGGUGGCACGUACCAGACAUGCAUAUGUGCAAUCCCCUUCUUGGCCCGGAAGCAAGGACUCGUGACCGUUACGUGCGACCCGAAGAAUUUGGAGCAUAUUUUGAAGACCCGAUUUGAGAAUUACCCAAAGGGUCCGACUUGGCAAGCUGUUUUUCAUGAGCUGCUUGGACAAGGGAUUUUCAACUCUGAUGGUGACACCUGGAUUUUCCAGAGGAAGACGGCAGCGCUCGAGUUUACGACUCGGACACUACGCCAAGCCAUGGCCCGAUGGGUGAAUCGGGCCAUACAGCUUAGGUUUUGUCCGAUUCUUAAGACGGCUCAGCUCGAAGGCAAGCCGGUUGAUUUGCAAGAUCUUUUGCUUAGGCUCACUUUUGAUAACAUCUGCGGCUUGGCGUUUGGUAAGGAUCCGCAGACAUUGGCACCCGGCUUGCCGGAUAAUACCUUUGCAUCGGCUUUUGACCGAGCCACGGAGGCGUCGCUGCAGCGGUUUAUAUUGCCAGAAGUUGUAUGGAAGCUGAAGAAAUGGCUUGGGCUCGGAAUGGAAGUCAGCUUGAACCGAAGCCUUGUACAGCUGGACAAAUAUAUGUCUGACAUCAUCAAUACACGUAAGCUUGAGUUGAUGAGUCAGCAAAAAGAUGGAAACCCACAUGAUGACUUGUUAUCAAGGUUUAUGAAGAAAAAAGAAUCCUACACGGAUAAGUUCUUGCAACACGUGGCACUCAAUUUCAUCCUAGCUGGACGUGAUACGUCAUCGGUCGCGUUGAGUUGGUUUUUCUGGUUGGUGAUCCAGAAUCCAGUAGUUGAAAAAAAAAUCUUACAAGAAAUAUCGACGGUCUUGGUUGAGACACGUGGCAGUGACACGUCAUCAUGGCUCCACGAGCCGUUAGCUUUUGAGGAAGUCGAUCGACUAACCUACUUGAAAGCCGCAUUGUCGGAAACUCUCCGGCUUUAUCCAUCGGUGCCGGAGGACUCUAAGCACGUGGUGGUUGACGACGUAUUGCCGGACGGGACAUUUGUUCCAGCGGGUUCGUCAAUAACAUAUUCUAUAUACUCAGCUGGAAGAAUGAAGAGUACAUGGGGAGAAGAUUGUUUAGAAUUCAAGCCAGAAAGGUGGCUAACCCUAGAUGGUAAAAAGUUUGUAAUGCAUGAACAGUAUAAGUUUGUGGCAUUUAAUGCUGGUCCAAGGAUAUGUCUAGGGAAAGACUUGGCCUACUUGCAAAUGAAGUCGGUGGCGGCAGCAGUAUUGCUUCGCCACCGACUCACAGUGGCUCCCGGCCACAAGGUGGAGCAGAAAAUGUCGUUAACCCUAUUUAUGAAAGACGGACUUAAAGUGGAUCUUCGUCCAAGAGACCUCACACCAUUCGUGAAUAGUGUAAAGGAGGUCCAACUAUUGAAUGGGGACAAAGAUAAAUGUUCAUAGUUAUGGGAUAGGGGGUGGGGGUGGUUGAGGUGGAUUAAAGAAUGGUGUCGGCAAAUGUUGAUUGUAAGGAAGUAAAGUUAAAUUGGAUGGGUUUAAUGUGGUGGUUAAAUUCUCACAUGAAUGCUCAAGCUCUAAUUUGUGUUAUAAAGGAGAAAUGGCAUAGUAUACAUGAUUUUAAGGUACCUCACAUUCAUUGUGGGAGAAACUUUUUUUUUUUUUUUUUUUUGGGGGGUGGGGGG